AUGCAAUCGCAAACGCAGGCAGAGGGAGGGUCGGUCACCACGCCGAGAGGAAAGAAUGCUGCCGACGCCGCACCGCCCAAGCUCGGCCUUCUUCCCUCACACCGCCGAAAAGUGGCCUUCAUCGCCAAGAUUGGCGCCAUCGCCCAGAAGAUUCCCAUCGAUCAGGGGUGUCUGCUCGUGCAGUUCGUGCACUGGGUGGUGGACGAGGUGUGUGGGCGGCAGCCCGACUGGACGAAGCCGUUUGGCGAGGCCAACGCGCAGCCCAUGAUCGACGCCGUCAAGCUCUUCGUCAUCAAGGCCGUCGGCGGCGGCCUCAAGAAGGACGACCGACCAUCGCUCACCGACGACUUUCCGCUGCAGAUCGUGCGGGAGCUGAAGGGGUUCAACGUGGCCGACGAGCAUGCCACCGUCAUCGUCGAUUGCAUCCUCGUGCGAUACACUGACGUGCAGAAGGCCCUGGCUGGGGACACGGCCCAUAUAUCGCCGGCCCACCUCAAGGACUUUGACUGGAAGCUCCUGCACUCGCUGGCCAGCGACAAGGUGGCGACGGUGAACGAACCCAUCCUGCGCCUCAACCUCACCAUCAAGGACGAGAACGAGAAGAUGAAGGACGUGGUGCUCGAGCUGCCCAAGUCUGAGCUCGACAAGCUCAUCGGCACCCUCCAGCAGGUCAACCAGGUGGUGCAAAAGCUGCGCGUGUAA